AUGUUAAUGGCCACGGCAUUGUGUUCUGUAGUUCAGAGUCAAGAAACAAGUCCAUUGACACGGAUUACUACAUCACAAACUGUGCCACCGACCACCGGAAGUGACACAGUGACAUACCAUGAAGGUUUGGGAAUAGCUGGUUUGGUCCUGUCUGUAUUGUCGUUUAUUGGAGUAAUAAUAUUAACAGUUGUUACUGUCUGUUAUUUUAUGGUGAUUAGAAAGAAACCCAAGACCAAGUCAAUUCGUGCAUUAUCUAAAAGAAAUCAUGAAUCGCUACGAGAGAAAGCUAGUCAUUUAUCAGAAUUACAGAUUACAGGAACUGACCUCUCAACCAUUCCCCAUGAGUCUUGUAACAUCCGAGUUGGUGUUGGAACCUUGUGUCAGAUCGUUCUCGGGUUGUUUGAAGAAGUCGUUAUCAAUCUAGAUAAUGUUAGACUGAAGAUCCGUCAUUCCAAGCAAAGUCUUCCCAUCAUACCAGAAAAUCAUGUAGACUCUCCUCGUGGUGAAAGCAGCUCGGUACAGUUCCGCUUACAAAAACAUUUACAUACAGUAUUUGAAGGAGAUCUGCCCAAGAUCGACGUUUUCAGUAAAAUUGCUGAAAAUAUUCUUGGUGCCACUACUGUUCGUCAACUUAUGGACGCCAUGUUCCGCGUGUGUCGUGUGGCUCGUGGUGUCAUCAAAGAAUGGAAAGUCGAAAGCGAAGCUUUUGUUGGAACUGUUCCAGCCGAUGGUUCUGGAUAUAUCAACUUCACUAUCGAAGAUAGCGUCCAAAAGGUCAACAUCACAUGGGACGAUCAUAAAUUUGCCCCGGAAUUUUUGGAUGCAGUCAGUUUAAUUUUACAAGCUUUACGUGAUGAACGAAGACAGCCAACACCGACUGAGUACCUAGCCAUCCAUUUGGCUUAUAACUGCAUCGGCAAUGGUAAACAAUUAACAUCAAAAUCACACCGACCUCUAGGAUCACCUGGAUUCAGACCUCACACCCAGACGUACUUGUCACUUACUGAUCCUGGUGAUGGUCACGUUCUCGGUACCACACGAUUUAAUGACUGGAUGACAGGAGCUAUAGUACAUGUUGAACAUUUGGAAAUACCAGCAAAUGAUUCUCAAGAUCAAAUUGAAUCUUAUCGUGUUCCAUCUUUGUACGAUUUCUCUCGGGUGCGACUCCACGUUGGAUCGACUGCUUCCGCAUCAUACUUCGUUGGCAGACGAUUCAAAGAAUCUCGUCAUUUCUCGGAUGAGUUCAACACAUUGAUUAAUAUGACGUCAGCAACAACAUCUGCAGCUUUCUAUCAAGGAGCAGCCGAAUGUGCCGUUACCAUGGAUGGUUUGACCACUUCCCAAGCAGUCCGCUAUAUGCAGGAACUUCAUCGCCAAAUCCAUCGAGACCCGUUUUCCCAAUAUUUGUCUGCGUCAUGGAAAAUAAACCAAUCGCUCGUGGAUGAUUUCGAGAAGGACACGCCAGUUACUUUGACGGGAAAGAUGGACAUCGCUUGUCGAGUUAUCGAAGCAACAUGCAAUGGGGGAUUCGACAAAAUAAUCUGGGAUGGAACGGAAGAUUCCCAAGCUACAAAGUCCAUUUUCAAACAGUUAUCAGUUGAAGAGACUAUUUCUCUUGUCCACGAAGCUCGAUCGAAAGGAUUAAUCACACAUUUUACGGCUGGAGUGGAGAUGAGCGAAAUCAAAUUUGGCGUCUAUUCUGGUGCAGAUAGUAUCGGCAUUGGUGGGUCCAAAACACUUCGACUACCGCUUGUGGCUUCUGGAGGGUGUGCACCUUAUAUGGAAGAGGAAAUCUCAAAUGUCAUAAAGGAAAGGAACCUGGCUGCGGGCAGUGUGUGCGGUGCUGGUGCACAUCUUUUAGCUCGGUUGGAUACCAUGCGCUUUGAAGGUUCUAUUUCUAGUACGGAGAACGGGAUGAGGUGUCAAUUAUAUAAUGCUAUGAUCAACCACGACGAUAGCGUCACCAACUGUAUUCUAGAAAAGAUGGAUUACAUACUUAAAUUACCCUGCGAGUACGGGUUGCCCUUACUUGGUGAGGCCCGGCGUCUUGUGGACAGUAAAUCACCCAUGCUGAAAGAAGUGGCAGGGUCGUUUUAUGAAUGGGUUCUUUUUAUCACAAGACUUCGCACACUGCUCGAGAAAAAUGACGUGAAGAGUGUAAUGGAAGACUAUGCUGGGGAACCAUGGUUAACUCUAAGAAAGAAACAUUUAGAAACCACCAAAUUUCGUGAUCAGGCAAUAUCCAGAAGGGAUGGACAGAUGGACACUCCAUUAUAA